GGGAAAGCCCAAAAUGCAAGACAAAAUGGCGGCACCAAACAAGGUGACAGAUACCAGAACAGAAUUGGCCGAACUCAUCAAGAAAAGGGCAGAGAUCGCUGAAAGUCUUGCCAAUCUCGAGCGACAGAUAUAUGCUUUUGAAGGAAGCUAUUUGGAGGAUACACAGCUCUAUGGAAACAUAAUCAGAGGAUGGGACAGACUACUCACAAAUAAAACUACCAACACAAAAGUUGAAAGAAGAAACAGGAAAUUCAAAGAUGCAGAGAGACUUUUCUCCAAGUCAUCCAUAACAUCACAUGCGGCAAUUGCAGCUGGAGGAGGCCUGACAGAACCUCUUCCUGAAAAAAGUAAGUAGAAUGACACUGCACUGCUUAUUAAUAGGUAGCCCGUAUCACAGCUGCCCUCCUGAAAGACACUCUCUGGUUUUUUCUAUUGGGGCGGGGGGCUGUGACAUAGACUUAUUUGACCGGAGACAAAUGUGGUAUGUGCAUGCCUAUACAAUUAAGACUUUCGCACCCAUUGUAUAUACCAGUAUGCGUCCUUACUGUGCACAAAGCUCAUGCUGCAAUGUCACAGCAUGUCAUGUGUGGAGCGCAUGCAUGCAUUAAGGAAGAAAUAGACACAAUUUAAAUGCUUGUACAGGUUGAGUUAACUUUGCCUAAAGUUUACUCUAGUGACC